CAAUCCUAGAAUCCAAUUUGUGAGUGCGUCCUACGAAUACAGAAAUAUAGAAAAUUUUGUUUUAAAUUCUUAUUUGAUUUUGUACAUUGUUAUAUCUUUAGCAAUUAUAGAAUACUAAGUCGGUGCGAACUCACGCUGUGAUGAUGGCGAGGCGGGGUGGAAAGCGAAUUCGGAUGAAUGACCCACCUCCAGAAUAUGAAGAACAUGGGGAAGCGUUAAAUGAAAGUACAUCGGAUGGCGAUAGCCCUAUGAAACGAAUGACCCGACUCCGUGCUCGGGGAGGAGUGCGUGACAAACCGCCAAUCAUCGAUGACGAUGAAGACGAUUUUUUUGCACCUGUGGUGCGCAAACGAAAACAGCCAGGGCAGCGGAAACCGCAAGGGGAACGUCGUGAGCGCGUGGAAAGACCACGAAAGGAGCACAUUGAAAAGGAACAGGAGAGGGUUGAUAUGGAGAGAGAUGUAACUACGGAUGAGAACAGUUUGUACUAUAUUGUACGGCAUUCCAAGUCGGCAAUAGCGAGUAUUGUUGAUGAUUGGAUUGAAAAAUACAAACAAAAUCGUGAUUCUGCCCUAAUUGCUCUAAUGCAAUUUUUCAUAAAUGCAAGUGGUUGCAAGGGUAAAAUAUCUGAAGAUAUGCCACAUCCAAUGGAACACACCGCUGUUAUUCGCAAAAUGACUGAAGAAUUUGAUGAGGAGAGCGGUGAAUAUCCAUUAAUAAUGCCUGGUCAACAAUGGAAAAAAUUCAAAAUGAAUUUUUGCGAUUUUGUCCAAACUCUGGUGAAGCAGUGCCAAUAUUCUAUUAUAUAUGAUCAGUUCCUUAUGGACAAUGUAAUAUCACUUUUAACGGGUCUUUCUGAUUCACAAGUGCGUGCUUUCCGUCAUACCGCAACUUUGGCAGCUAUGAAAUUGAUGACAGCUUUGGUGGAUGUAGCUUUGCUAGUCUCAAAUAAUUUUGAAAAUGCCGCAAAACAAUACGAAGCUGAACGAGUUAAGUCACGAGACCGCCGUGCAUCGGACCGGCUCGAGUCUUUGAUGACAAAGCGUGCUGAGCUUGAGGAGAACAUGGACGAAAUUAAGAAUAUGUUAACUUACAUGUUUAAAUCCGUUUUCGUACAUCGAUACAGGGACACAUUACCGGAUAUACGUGCAAUUUGUAUGGCUGAAAUCGGUGUCUGGAUGGAAAAUUAUCCUCAAAAUUUUCUUGACGACUCAUACCUAAAGUAUAUUGGAUGGACAUUACAUGACAAAGUCGGCGAGGUUCGGCUUCGUUGCCUACAGGCGCUUCUACCAUUGUACGAUAAAGAAGAACUAAAAGGGAAAUUGGAGCUGUUUACAUCAAAAUUCAAAGAUCGUAUUGUUGCCAUGACUUUAGAUAAAGAGUUUGAGGUUGCGGUACACGCCGUUAAAUUGGUCAUCAGCAUCUUAAAGAUACACCCUGACAUAUUGGCUGAUAAAGAUUGUGAAAUAGUGUAUGAACUGGUAUACUCAUCGCAUCGCGGCGUCGCGCAAGCUGCGGCUGAGUUUUUAAAUGUACGGCUCUUUCAUUUAACUGCCGAUAUGGAAGAGACUAAAACGAGACGCGGUAAAAUACGCCUCCCAAAUACACCUCUAAUACGGGACUUAGUGCAGUUUUUUAUUGAAUCGGAACUGCAUGAACAUGGUGCCUACCUGGUAGACUCUUUCAUAGACAAUAAUGCCAUGGUCAAAGAUUGGGAAUGCAUGACUGAUCUACUUAUCGAGGAGCCGGGCCUCAACGAAGAGGUGCUUGAUAAUAAACAGGAGUCAACUCUUAUCGAAAUAAUGGUCAGCAGCGUAAAGCAGUCAGCGACAGGUGAGGCGCCCGUAGGACGUGCGAGUAAUCGUAAAAUAACAUUAAGUUCAAAAGAGCUGAAAGCAAUACAGGAUGAAAAAGUUAGAUUGACUGAACAUUUCAUUAUAACACUUCCUCCUUUACUGGAGAAAUAUCAAGCGGAUAGUGAGAAGUUAGCUAACUUAUUAGCGGUGCCGCAGUAUUUUGAACUAGAUAUAUAUACUACAAAUCGGCAGGAAUCGAACUUGCAGGCUUUGUUAGAUAAAAUGAGUUACAUAAUGUCUGUACAUACGGAUCGAGAAGUACUUGAGACCUGCGCUAAAACACUUGAGUACUUAUGCAGUGAAGGAAGCGCCACUUAUACCCGCUGUGAUGUAGCACGGUCGAAUAUUAUCGACACUGCGGUUAAUAAAUAUAAGGAUGCCAUUGAUGACUGGCGGAACUUGAUUGCCGGUGAAGAACUGCCCAAUGAAGAUGAAAUCUACAAUGUAACAAUAUCGCUCAAAGUGAUAUCUAUUCUCUACGCUUCUCAUAAUCUUAAUCCUUGGAAUUUAUUCGAAUCAGUCUUCCAAGAUGUGGAAGAGUGUCAGUCAAGAGAGAACUCUGAACGUACUUUACCCAACGAAGCUUUGAUCUAUUGUAUUGAAGCGUGCUACUUUUCGAUAAGUUGGGGAUUGUACUUUGUUGAAAAUCAAUGCGAAAGUAGUAACAUUGCUAUGGUAUGCACUGAAUUGCGUGAUAACUUCAUCAAAUAUAUGUCUGCUUGCCUUGAACUAACACGUGACGGGCCAACGGAACAAAUUCAAGAGUCGGCUUAUCAGUCGAUAUGUGAUCUUUUGAUUGUCUUUUCGGAUAAACUUUCGAAAAGUGACAACGAAUAUAUACGCGCUUUGGAGUAUAAGUCAACGCUGGACGAACAAUUAAUUCUAAAUAACUUCGUGCAGCAUUACGUUUUUACAAUCAAACAAGAAGUUGUUCAAGACGAGACACGAAUUGAGGAAUUGCACAAAAAACGUAACUUCUUGGCUUCAUUUUGCAAACUUAUCGUUUACAAUAUUAUACCCACAAAAAGUGCAGCCGGCAUGUUUAAACAUUACGUUAAGUGUUAUAAUGAGUAUGGCGACAUAAUUAAAGCCACACUUGGAAAGGCGCGGGAAAUAAAUAAAAUUAAUUUCGCCUUGACCUUGCUCCUCAGUUUGAUUGCAGUUUUCAAAGAAUUACAGCAACAGUCUGAGAACGGCUUAAUUUCCAAAAACUCCCAUGAUUUCUCUGAUCUAAAGGAAUUGGCUAAACGAUUUGCGCUGACUUUUGGUUUUGAUGCCAUUAAAAAUCGUGAACCGGUCAUUGCCCUACAUCGAGCUGGCAUACUCUUUGCUGUCGGCGAUAUACCCGAAGACCCAGUAGCGGCACCAACACGUCUCUUAUUCCUUGAAGUUUUAAAUGAAUUCAACAACAAAUUAUUAAAGCAAGAUAAAAAGGUGAUAUUGAGCUUCCUCGAUCGACGGAUAUCGCCGGGUAUGCCAUCGAGCAGAGCAGAAGAGUGGCAACCCCUUGUACUGUAUCGAAAUUCGCUACUACACGGCGAAACCGAUCAAGCGCCAUUAGCGAAGCGGGCUUACACGCGGAAACGAAGGGAACAUGAUGACGAGGACGAUGAAGAUGAAUAUGAAGAAGACCACAAUGAUGCCUAAGCCUAAGUUGAAAGUACUAGUAUAAAAAAAAAAUAUCACAUGCCUUGACAUCAUUGAACAUUUUAGGUUCAAGGCAUAGAAUUUGAUUUAUUCCCUUAUUUUAAUUUCAUUUAUUAGUUAGUAAACAAUAAACUUUAAGACUAUUUGAUAAAAAUAAGAUAACCAAAUAACAAAGUGAACUAAAUAUACAUUAUAACAAGUGUCUAACAAGAAGAUUCUUAA